CUGGUGUUCAACAUCAUUACGAACAGUGUGAAAACGCAACAUGGUUGUGGCGAAAAGGCUCUUUAUCCAAGUCCUAUUGCUGCUCUCACUCCUCGUAAUUGUUGCAGAGGUUUGGGGUGCGACUACUCGCAGGCGGAAAUCAACCACCAAAACCCUGAAAAAACGCAUAAGAAAAUCGACAACUAUAACUACAGUCAAGCCGACGACCACCAGUCCGAAAACCGAGAGUCCGAACCCAUUUUGCAGAAAUUACAAUCGAAUGAAAAAGAAAGUUCUAGAUACGGCACUAAGUGAUGAUUUCAUCGUAGGAAAACGGGAUAGCAUAACCGAAUUGCUUGACGUUCGAGACCGGCCGUUCGGAACAUACAACAAAAAAGGAUUCAGACUUUACUUCGACAGCUUUGACAAAGUUGAGUACGAAAGAGCAGUGGAGGGGUGUCUGUACCGGAAACUGCAGCUGCUGGCGCUCGACACUCCCGACGAAAUCAACGAUUCGUAUUUUGGCAACCAGUCACUCGAAUACGACACCAUCCACAUCAAUGAUACAGAAGCGGACAUGGAGUUUUUGUGGACGAGUGCGGUGCCGUGUUCGAAAAGCGAUCCGCUGAACAAAGCCACGAAUUCGUGCUCCAGUGUCACCUGGUGUUCGAACAAUGUGGAAACUCAGCUAAACUACUCGUUGAAUUUGGGCCAACUUACUCGGCCGUACUGCAUGAUCUACAGAAGGUCGACCAAGCAACUCGCACCAAUGGAUUGCUCCUUUAAAGCUCUAUUUUUGUGCGAGGUAAUUUAA